GAACAACAAUGACAACAAUGACAACAACGGCGGCGGCAAUGGACGUGGAAAGUCAUCCAACCAGAAUGGUCAGAACAAUGAAAAUAAGUCCAAGGCUAACGCUGGAAUCACCAACGCUUUCAGUGCAUUGGCCUUUGAUUCGAAUGGCAAUUCUGAAAAUGGAGAUGGCACAAGCUUCGCAUUCAUGUCGUUCAACAGCCAACCUUUUGCCAAUGGAGGCAUCACCAAGGAAGACUUUAUCGUCGACUCAGGAUGUAGCACACACGUGCUCAAUGACCGUUCCUACUUCACAUACCUCAAGGAACUAUCGCGACCAGACAGCAUGACGGCUUGCAACGGCCAAGGCUUGCAGGUAACUGCGAUCGGCACGGCCGAAGUCCAUAUGACCGGGGGAGGCACCUUGUAUCUUCGUGAGGUCAACUUCGCAGCCGAAGCUGCCGCAAACAUGCUCAGUCCAGGCGUUUUGCGCAAGAACGGCAUUGUCAUGGAUGGCAUCCGUGAUGCCCUGGUUCACAAGAACAACGGCACAGUCCUCGGCGAAUACGAAUGGAAGCAACACAUCGCCGUCUUGCACGUGGAUAAACGACAGCCGCAAUACAACUUCGCGGCAUUGCCCUACAAUACCACAACCCAAGAUGUCGAAUACGCAUUGAUGCAUCGCCGCCUGGGUCACGCAUCCAAGGAUCGCAUCCUCAAGGCCUGCCGUUUGGCUGGAAUUCGGAUCAAACCUGACAGCAUCGCCAA